CGAAGUCAAACACUGUGAGAGCCUUUUCUCCCUGGUUAGUUGGUGAAGCCCAGCUCCUUCCUUGCAUCCUGUAAGUAAUGGAAAAGUUUGAAACACUCUCCAGUAGAGCUCAGGCCAGCUGUCGCUAAUUCACGGGUGUUUUUCAAAAUUUCUAAGAUGGUGCGGGAACAGUAUAUCACCGCCACAGAAGGCACCACCAUAGAGAGACCCGAGAACCGGUGUGUCUACAAAAUUGGCAUUUAUGGCUGGAGGAAGCGUUGCCUCUACUUAUUCGUUCUUCUCUUACUCAUCAUCCUUGUUGUGAAUCUUGCUCUUACAAUUUGGAUUCUUAGAGUGAUGUGGUUUUCUCCAACAGGAAUGGGUCACUUGCAGGUAACAAAAGAUGGACUUCGCCUGGAAGGAGAAUCAGAAUUUUUAUUACCACUAUAUGCCAAAGAAAUACACUCCAGAGUGGACUCGUCUCUGCUUCUGCAGUCAACUCAGAAUGUGACCGUAAAUGCACGCAACUCAGAAGGGGAGGUCACAGGCAGGUUGAAAGUGGGUCCUAAAAUGGUAGAAGUCCAGAGUCAGCAGUUUCAGAUCAACUCCAAAGAUGGAAAGCCACUCUUUACUGUUGAUGAAAAGGAAGCUGUGGUUGGCACAGAUAAACUUCGAGUGACUGGGCCUGAAGGAGCUCUUUUUGAACACUCGGUGGAGACACCCCUUGUCAGAGCCGACCCAUUUCAAGACCUUAGGUUAGAAUCCCCCACACGGAGUCUGAGCAUGGAUGCCCCAAGGGGGGUUCAUAUUAAAGCUCAUGCUGGGAAAAUCGAGGCACUUUCUCAAAUGGACAUCAUUUUUCAGAGCAGUGAUGGAAUGCUGAUGCUUGAUGCUGAAACCAUUUGUUUACCCAAGCUGGUACAGGGGUCUUGGGGUCCCUCUGGUGCCUCCCAGGGACUCUUUGAAAUCUGCGUGUGUCCCGAUGGGAAGCUGUACCUGUCUGUGGCUGGCGUGGAUACCACGUGCCAGGAACACAGCCACAUCUGUCUCUGAACCACUGCUGCUUCCACAGAGCACCUGCCUCAUUUCCCUGGGAAGCGUGGCCUUGAACCCUUCCACUUAGGGAGCAGCGAGAUGUCCUACAACACUGAGAGGAUGAGAUGUGGGAGGAGGACAGGCUUUCCAAAGGAAUGCAUGAGGAACAAUGUCACGGAAGUAUUCAGACAGACGACGCGACCUCAAAGUGACACGUGGAUGUUAGAUACAAAAAUCAAAAUGUCAGAAGAAUGUUUAUUCCACUGGAUUAAUUUUCAGCUCAACAAUUGUGACUUUUCUUAGCCUGCUUCUCCAUCUCUCAUACAUGUCAAUGUCCAACGAAAUGUUGACUUGUGAUGUGGAAUUAAUUUAAUUUGUUCAACUGUGGAUAUCUAACUCUCCCCAAAAGUAGAGCUGGUCAAUACUAAAAUGCCCCAAAGUCUGUACAGAAUCUCCUUUAUAGCAACUCAUAUUCUCCCUUCAGUUUAAUGCAGUGUGUCUGUCUUCAUAAGAAAAUUUUCAGGUUUCGAAGGGAAUUUGAGAUUGAUCUGAUUUUCAAUAUGUAGUCAAGGGAACAAAUUAGUUAUUUUAUAUAUAUAUAUAUAUAUAUAUAUAUAUAUAUAUAUAUAUAAUCAAUGAGCAAUAAAAAUCAACCUACUUAAUAAUAUUCUCCCUCAAGGUACUGAUGACAAAGACUCAGGGCAAGUCACAGGUCACAGAGAACUACUGAAAUUCACCCACAAUAUGACCAGCAUAGCUAUUUUCUCUGGAAACACUGAUAUACUGUCAUUCUACACAAAACAUCAGACUGUAUAAUAACUGUACAAAUGAGAUAGGGCUAAUUGGACAAAUAAAGAAACUGAAGCCCAAA